AUGAGAGAUCUGCAGCCCCAACAUGGCAUCGAGAAAGUCACGGAGAAACACGAUGAGCUGAAAGCGAAAGAGAAGUCUAGUCCGUCCUCGUUGCGCGGCAAGUAUCUCUACUUCAAACGCAACAUAACCGUCGAGCCCAUGCUGGCAUGCUACAUAAUGCCCAGUGUGUUGGCCGGACUAGCCACCCAGAAUCUCAACCUGGAAAAGGCUUGCCGAGUAAACCUAGCCUAUGGUGACGAGAUUUGCGAUGCCCUGACGCGGCGUGAUACAGCAAAUUACACGCACGAGGAAGAGAUGGUACAGCACCUGGUGGCACGAAUGGCUGGCUGGAAGACGGUGCUACAGAGUGCGCUACCCUGCCUGUUAAUACUGUUCUGGGGUUCAUGGAGCGAUCGUCAUGGGCGGCGGAAGCCCUGCAUGUUGAUACCGAUCAUUGGCGAAUUUAUGACCGCGAUCGGGUUGAUUCUGUGCACGUACUUCGAAUCGGUUCCGAUGGAGGUGGCCGGCAUAACGGAGGCCCUGUUUCCGGCACUAACGGGUGGUUGGUUCACGAUGUUCAUGGGCGUCUUCAGCUACAUUGCCGACGUGACCACGACCGAAGAGCGAACAUUGCGUAUAGGAAUAGUGAACCUGUGUUUUUCCUUGGGCGUCCCUAUUGGGAUGGCCUUCAGUGGGAUCCUUUUAAAACAAAUCGGAUUCUACGGCGUGUUUUCUAUUUCCGCCACACUCUACCUGGUCGCAUUCUUUUAUGGUGUGUUCGUGGUAAAAGAGGUGGACAUUGUGAACGAAAAGCAACGACUGCGUGCGAAGGAAAAGGGACUCCUGGCCGACUUCUUUGACCGCGAGCACGUGCUGGAGACAUUCCGGGUGGCGUUUAAAAUUGGUGAACGGCAGCGUCGUCUGCGUGUGAUCAUGCUGAUGAUAGUGGUUAUGGUCGUGAUUGGUCCACUGCACGGAGAGAUGGCGGUAAUUUAUCUAUUCACACGCUACCGGUUCAACUGGAGUGAGGUAGAAUUUAGUUUCUUCUCCACGUACGGCAUGCUGACUGGGCUGAUUGGGACGAUCUUCUCCGUUGGUGUAUUUUCGCAUUUGCUCAAAAUAGACGACGCAUUGAUUGGCGUUAUGUCAUGUAUGUCGAAGAUAUUGUCAAGCUUUGUGUAUGCAUUUGCGGUCACCACCUGGCAGCUAUAUCUAGGUCCAAUUGUCGAAAUGCUCAACGGUACCUCCUUCAUUUCGAUGCGUUCGAUCGCUUCGAAGCUCGUCGCAAGUGAUGAACUAGGCAAGGUGAAUUCGUUGUUCGGUGUGGCCGAAGCUUUGAUGCCACUGGUGUACGCGCCCCUCUACACAACAGUCUACUCGCUGUCUAUACAUGUUUUGCCGGGAGCAUUUUUCCUGCUAGGUGGCGCUCUCACCUCUCCGGCGGUAGUAAUUUUUCUAUGGAUGUACCGCGUGCACAGGCGUGAAGCUCGUGAACUUGCGGAAGAAAAGCGCGCCGAAGAUAAGUAUCGACAACUGGACGAUAGCGGUGAGAGCAACGUAUGUCGCACGAUCGCAGCAGCACAAACGGAACGUAAGCAAACCAUGCCCGAUUAUGGAACGGGAAUCGCCAAUGCUGCCUUUGAGGAUGAGAACGUGGUCACAGGAAGGCAGGAUAAACACACACUGACGACCGUGGACCAAUCGAGACUGUGA